CAAAUUUCUCUUGAUUCCAAAGUGAACAAAUUUUUCCCUUGAAAAGAAACAGGAAUUUGUCUAGAUUAAUCAUUGCAGGUCCCUGAGUAAAUGAUAUUGAUUUGACUUCUUUUAAUGUAUGUUCCUGCCUAACUUUACAGUGGUCAGUUAAUUUACUUUGGACUGAUUUGCAGUUGUAGCUGGGUAGAAAUGAGAAACACUGGGGCUGGAGAGGCGGCGUAGCGGUUAAGAGUGUGGACUGCUCUUGCAGAGGACAGGAGUUCAGUGCUCAGCAGUCAUGUCUGGCAGCUCACAGUCUCCUGUAACUCAGUGCUCACAGCCUCCUGUAAUUCAGCUCUGGAAGAUCUGAUGCCCUCCUCUGGUCUCCACCGGUACCUGUAUCACAUGCGCAUACCUAUAUACAGCCAUACAAAAGUAUACAUAACUUGAAAAAUAAUAAAAAAGGAAACGAGAAAUACUUUAAAAAACCCUACUGAAUCCUAACCAAGAGAAAUGACUAAUAGUCUGUUCUCCCCCAGUAAUAGGAAGGUCGGAAUAUAUUUGUUUUGAUUUAGACUACAUUGUAUGUAUUUUUUCAGGUUACUUCCCCUAAAUCUGUGAAUGUAAAUUAGCUCGUCUCUGAUGCACCCUCCUGUUUUGGCAAGGGAAUACCUGGAAAGCCAUGUUAAAUAGCUCUCAGGUUCUAAUGUAAGUCAGCUAGUUUAAAACAACAGCAACAAAACAAACACAAAAACCACCACCAAAAACACUUCUCAACAACCUCGGAUUUUAUUGUUGAAUUUUAUCUUAUACAUUUUGUUCCUUGGGCUAAGUCAGAGAUUUGGUACUCUAGAGGGAGCCCUGUAUUUUGAAGGAAAACCUACAAAUUCAACCCAUUUGGCUUGCUUGGGUAGUUGUUCCACACGAGGUGAAGCCCUGCUCUGAUCUCUCUAUUUGUUAGGAGAGAUGGCCUCAGGUGCUCAGCGCAAGGUGGCGCCAAUGAGCUGCAGAAAUUUGACUUCACUUUGCCCCGCAACCCCCACCCCCUCAAACCUCAUCUCCUGUGUUUCUGGCUUCACUGAGCAGGGCAGAAAAUCCAUUCUGUUAUUGCUGGAGAAGGGAAGGAUUAAUGAAGGGUGUCGGGUUCUUCCUAAGUCAGCACUGGAAGCCCUCCUCAAACGAAUGGAGUUUGCUGAGUGCCCCCCGGGGUCUCGGCUUCCUGCUGCUUCCUCUCUCCAAGCCCUGUGUGACUGUCCAGAAGGCCUUCAGAUUGCCAUCCCUUCCCCAUCCCAAGGAGCGUACAAACCUAAGCUGCUGGUGGUUAAGGCUUCUGGCGACUGUGCAAAGGGGCCAUCUGUGUUUGAUCAAUCCAGGCGGGAAGGAGGGGGUGGGGGUUGUAAAGAGACUGAAAGCAUUCCAGAGUAGUGAGAGACACCCAGAGAUCAGAAAGAGGAGGCGCCGCCCCCACCCCGCCUCCAAAGCUAACGGGCUGGAGGGAAAGAGGCCGCCGAAAGCACACUCCUCCUCUGGCCCUACUUAAGGCUGCCAUGGGGCCCAGUGCUCCUCUGCUCUGCUUCUUCUUCUUCUUCUUGUCAUGGACGGGACCCCUUCAGGGACAGCAGCACCACCUUGUGGAGUACAUGGAACGCCGACUAGCUGCCUUAGAGGAACGGCUGGCCCAGUGCCAGGACCAGAGCAGCCGGCAUGCUGCUGAGCUGCGGGACUUCAAGAACAAGAUGCUGCUACUGGAGGUGGCGGAGAAGGAGCGGGAAGCUCUCAGAACCGAGGCAGACACCAUCUCAGGAAGAGUGGACCGUCUUGAACGGGAAGUGGACUAUCUGGAGACCCAGAACCCAGCUUUGCCCUGUGUGGAGCUGGAUGAGAAGGCGACUGGAGGCCCCGGGGCCAAAGGCAAGGGCCGAAGAAAUGAGAAGUAUGAUAUGGUGACAGACUGUGGCUACACAAUCUCUCAGGUGAGGUCAAUGAAGAUCCUGAAGCGGUUUGGCGGCCCCUCUGGUCUAUGGACCAAGGACCCACUGGGGCCAGCCGAGAAGAUCUACGUGCUGGACGGCACACAGAACGACACAGCUUUCGUCUUCCCGAGGCUGCGCGACUUCACCCUUGCCAUGGCGGCCCGGAAAGCUUCCCGAGUUCGGGUGCCCUUCCCCUGGGUAGGCACAGGGCAGCUGGUGUACGGCGGCUUCCUGUAUUAUGCUCGAAGGCCUCCUGGAGGGCCUGGAGGGGGCGGUGAACUGGAGAAUACUCUUCAACUGAUCAAAUUUCACCUGGCAAACAGAACCGUGGUGGACAGCUCAGUGUUCCCUGCAGAGAAGUUGAUACCCCCCUACGGGCUGACAGUGGACACGUACAUUGACCUGGCAGCCGAUGAGGAGGGCCUUUGGGCUGUCUAUGCCACUCGCGACGAUGACAGGCACUUGUGUCUAGCCAAGCUAGAUCCACAAACACUUGACACAGAGCAGCAGUGGGACACGCCAUGUCCCAGAGAGAACGCAGAGGCUGCCUUUGUCAUCUGCGGGACCCUGUACGUUGUCUAUAACACCCGCCCUGCCAGUCGGGCCCGAAUUCAGUGUUCCUUUGAUGCCAGUGGUACGCUGACCCCUGAACGGGCAGCACUCUCUUAUUUCCCACGACGAUACGGUGCCCAUGCCAGCCUUCGCUAUAACCCCCGUGAGCGCCAGCUGUAUGCCUGGGAUGAUGGCUACCAGAUUGUCUACAAGCUGGAGAUGAGGAAGAAAGAGGAGGAAUUGUAAGCAGCUGGUGCUUCUGAUUCUCUUAUCUCCACACAUUUAUGUUCUUGUUAGACCCGCUGUUCAUUCUUCAAAUGAAGGCCAGCGGUGGCUCAUAUCCCCUCAUUUUUAAACAACAGCAACCAAAUCCUCAUGGCCCCUUUGUUUUGCGCAGAGCUCCAGAUCUUGAGUAACCUUUUAGAACUAAAACAGUAAACACCCUAAAUCUUCACUCCUGCUCUCUCUCUCCUGCUCUGUGUCCACAAAUUUUAGUCCCAAACCUUUGGAUAGGGUCAACCCCAGACAGCAGUGUGACCCAAGGGAGAGAAGAACUCACAGAGACAACUCUGUCCCCCUUCAUUCGCCCCUCCAACGUGGGGAAUUGUGGGGCUUUCCCCACAUCACUUUGUAUGGCAACAUUUUGCAUUAAAAGGAAAACCCGCCA